AAUAACGCAAGAAACCAAAGAACUGAUAGCCAAUCGUGUAGUGUUAUGGUUAAUUACAAACAAACCCGUCGAAGACUAAGAGCUUAAAAUUAAAAUGUUACAUUUGGUAGCAAGUUCAUUUGACUCUGAUAAAGAAGAAACUUCCAAACUACUCCGUGCCCUUCAGAGACUUAACAACCAUUUAUAACCAUGUCCAUAGUUACUUAAGAACAAACAAGCCCUUCAAAGUGAGAUGAUUGAUCUGCUGUUAUUCAUUUAAUAUGAAAAAUUCAUGGAUUUUCCUAAGAAGAGCCUGGCUAGCAAAGAAAUAUUAUAAUUCAAAAAACUGUGCAAGAAACUUUAUAAAUUUAACUAGUUGUCCAUCUUUAAAGGAUAGUCAAUUACUAGGAUAUGAAAAAGAAAAAAUAUUGUUCUUAGCUUCAAGAAAACCAAUCACACUUGAGAAGUAUAUUCAUCAAAGAGCAAGCAACAUUUUGGAUACUUACUUCUGGCAUUUUAGAGAAAACAGUAAUUAUUUAAAAACAGCAGUUCAGGGAUUCACAAAAGAAAAGUUUGAAAAGCAUAAAAAUACUUCAUCUUCGAGAUCACCCAAGACAAAUUUAAAUACUCUACAUGUAUCAUCUAAGAAAACAAAUGAAAUCCUCUUUCUGGAAAAAACUUUAGGAGUGGACAACUUAACAGAUUCUAAUUUAAAAGAAAUUGCCACUAAGUUGGCACUUAAAGAAAUGAGUGUUAGUGCUCAAACUAUUGAGUAUUUGAAAACUGAAUGUGCAAAACGAGUUUCUAAAUGGCCAGUAGAUACCUCAUUGUAUGUUUUAGAUGCACUGUUCAUUGUUCUUGGGGAAGAAAUUUUCAGCCAUUAUAUUUUUAAAAAUUUCCUAUAUUCUGUAGAAAAAAAUGUUGAGAACAUAACAGAAUUUCAGCUUGUACAGUUGUUGUUUAUUCUUGGAGUAAAUAAAUUGGCUCCAAAGGACCUCAUGCAAAAGUUACUUGCAAAGACUGAAAUUAUGUGUAAAAACAUUGCAAAAAAUGAAUGGGGAAUUAUUUGUCAGGCUCUAUUCAAAACUAAAACCCAGAUCACAUCUAGCACACUCUUGCAUUAUAUUGCCGAGGUUACAGCCAAUUCUCUGGAAGAUAUUGACAGAUUUUCACUGGUAUCUAUUCUCAAAGCUUUGAGACAUGCUCAGUUCUAUCACAAACAGCUGAUACUUAAAAUACAAGAUUAUAUUUCCAGGAAUAUCAAAUCUUUUAACUUUGUAGAAUGUGUUCACUUCAUGGCCAUGUUUAGUAACAUUAAUGUUUACUGUGAAGAUACUUUUUUUUACCUUGAAAAACAAGCAGUUGAUACCUUAAAAAGAGAGUUGGAAAUGGCACCUUCAAAGAGGAAAGAUCCUCAUCGUUUGAAAAUGCAUCCAUCUGAGCGAGUAAGAGUUAAAGACCUUGCAAGGUUCUUGUGGUCUGUUUCUCAUGUGCAUCAUGUUAUGCACACUCCAAACUUAUUUCACACCAUUUACCAAAUCAUUGAUAAUAAACUAACAGAAGGAGACUAUAUCAAAGAUCCUCAUUCACUGCUAGAUUCUCUUCAGUCAUUGGCUGUGAUUGAACAAUUUCCUGGAGUAUUUCUGAAAGAGGUCUUCAAAGGGUCUUUCAUUCAGAGAUUACAGAAAUUAAAGAAGAAGAAACCAUUCCAUCAGUUAUUUUUUCUUCAUCAUACUUUACUUAUUGAACAACCAAAUUUCUGUGCCAAAUAUCUCUGUAAUGAACCACCAGGAACAUAUGGUGAAAGUUUAAGCAAAAGUCUAUUCAAGGAAAUCCAAGAAAGACCAUAUUUAGAUAAUUUAAUGGUUAUCUUGAAAGCUUGUGGUAUAGGUGAAGAAAAAUUCAGAUGCUCUUAUUGUUUACCACACAUACCAAUAGCUGGAAUUGAACUGGUAGUUGAAGACCAAAACACAUCUACAAGCUCUUCUCUCAAACCGUCACAUGACUUGAUUGUUUCUGAUGAUUUACUUAAUGCUAUUGUAGGAAGAACCAAGUCUUUUGCUCAAAGAAGUGACACCCAAGAGGAAAGAACUACAUAUUCUAUAGAGAAAAAUGAUGACAUAGACAGAAAGAUUGAAUCUUGCACAGAAACAAAUUAUUCACUAUUAGAAAAGUCCAUAUCUAACAAACAAGAGAGCUUAUUGAUGUUUUCUCAGUUAAAAAAAAAGUAUAAAAUUGUACAACUAGAGGUAUUAGAUGAGGCAGUUUGCAUUCGUAACAGUUCUUCUCCUCUUGGUCUGAUGAAAGUAAAACUGCGACAGCUCAGUAGAUUGGGUCAUGAAGUUGUGUUGUUGAAUAAAGAAGACAUUAUCAAACUUUUAAAUCAAUAUCGCAGUGAUCCUACUAAUUUAAGCUGCAAUCUAAAAUCUUUGAUUUUAGAGAAAAAACAUUAAAAAUUGAAAAUGUUCAAAAUACAAAAUUUAUUUGUAGGAUAGACUGAUUACAGUGAAGAAAAAAAUCAAUUAACUUAUCAGCUGGACAUAAUUCUUCAUGUUUACAUCAUUUUGACAUAAAAAAGUUAUCUUCUUGAACAAAUAAAUGAUUUUUUUAUUAAAUUUGUUUGAAAUUAAUUUCAAGCUUUAAUGAACCUAGCAUAAUUAGUACAUUAUUGCAUUCUGAAAAGUUGUUGAUAUUUGAAUAUCAAGUCUCAUUGAUGUGCUCUAUAAGCAUAUUCUGGUUGAGAUGCAUGUGGUAAAUGAGCAAAGAAAAAAAAAGAAAAUUAAUGUAUGAGUUAGUUUCUUAACUCUGCUAAACAAAAACAAUAAUAUAUAAUUAAUGUCUUUUUAACUGAUAAUAACUAUAUGUUAGAUAAUUUAUCCACAGGUUUUAAAAAAUUACCCAAUAUUCUAGAAAACAAUUUAUUAUAAUUGUGCUCUUAUAGGUUCAUUAAGGUAUAAAUGCUUGAAGAAAUGUUUUUGAUCAACUGAUGUAGCUCUUUUUAACUAUCCCUAAUUUAAAUAUAUAAUAAUUGAAGCCAUUGCCCAGAUUAUUAUUUGAAUGUUCUUUCAUUGUUCGUGUGUUUGACAAUUAUUGUUACAUGGCAAUAUGCUUAAAAACAUAAAUACAAAUAAUCAGUAAAAAUAUACAUUUGGCAGUAAAGAUUUUAAAAAAGGAGGUAAUUUUAUGAGGAUCAGUUUAAACAUGUUGAAUUACUUCAAUGUGGACCUCAUACACCAAAUUUUCAAAAACAACUAACACAAGUGAAAUAAACAGAAUUAAAGGAGUUAAAGAAACAGGGUAUUUUGGUUGUUUAGGUAGAAAUAUAAUCUGUCUCUUUUUAUUGAUUGUGGAUUGGAGUUGGGAAACGUUACAUUUACAAAAAAAAUAAAAGUCUGAUCUAGCAAUUUUAUGCCCUAAAGUUGCAGUGAUGAAAAUUCAUUUAAGUUUUCUGGACUACUGUUUUUCUGUUGUUUUUUUUUAAGUGUGCAUUGAUAACAUCCAGUAUACUCCACUCAGCACUACCAUUGAUUAAAGUGUAAAUCUGUAGCUUGGGGAACCAAAAGCUUAACCCACUAGGUUUACUCGUAGUAAACUUUAAAUAAUCAACUAUCCAAUGCAAAUUUGAUUAGAUAUACACUUUAUACAGAGUAUCCCACACUACCAGGAAAAGUUGGGAGAAAAUUUAUUUCAUUCCUGGUUGUGAAAAAGUUUUGAAUAAUGAUAAAAUGGUGUGAAACCAGGAAAACCCUAGAAAUUCAUGAGUUAUGAAGCUGCUUUUAUGUUCUUUAUGAAGAAUGGAAUGGAUUGUCUGGUAUUGGACUUUAAAAUAUAGGAAAACUAGUCAGGUGGUUGGUUGUUUGAUAGUUCAGCAAACCAGAAACUGGAAUGCUUUGUUGUUAUUUGAGGCCAUUCUAAACUUUGAAUUCAGAUCUGGUAAUGGGAUUGGGUUUUCCUUAUAUGGUUUCUGUUUAGCUAAAUUAUUGGCAGUGAUGUCGAGUUUUUUGCUACUUUCAAACAUCUUGUUUUACCUGAUUUAGAUGAAUUGUUAUUUUUAGCAAAAAUGUGUUUAAUUUUGACAAAUUUAUUACCCGAUAACAAAACGCUAUGUGGCUCUUGGCACUUUUUUAGAACUUAAUUUUGCCAAAUGAAUGAUCAGUGUGCAUUUUAAAAUAAUCAAUUCCUUAUGAAAAUGAUUAAUAUAAUGUAUCAGAAUGCGAAGUAAUAUAUUGCAGUUUGGUUUUACUAGAGAAUAUGGACUUGCAACUGUUACGAAUAUUUAUUAUAUGACCACUUUUGAAAAUGAUUUGGAUUAUAAUUAUCUGUUACAUGUACUAGUGACUGCAAAAAAAUGUGGGAUCCUUGUUGAUCUCCCUGAGGAAAUUGUUGCAGUUGUUAUUAGGUUAAAGAAUUUGAGAAUGUUAAAGUUAGAGGGUUUAACAUUUCUUUAUGUAAAACAUGAUGAGUUGCUCAUUUAGAGUUGCUUUUGUCUAGAAAUAUUUUGUUUCACUCCAGCAUGAGACAGCCCACAAAAAAAAAAGAAAUAAUUGAAAUAACCAAUACUAUUGGUUGAAAAUUUUCAAGUUUUAUAACAGAAUUGUGUAUGCCAUUACAUCAGGUGCAUUCUUUAAUAUUUACAACUAUGCACCAUUCUGGGCAACAUCCCGUAUCACUGGAAAUUCUGACUAUGUAACUAUGACCCAGAGAGUGACAGUUCUGAAUAAUCCAAGUAAUCUUUGAUUGGCAUUCAGCUUAUUUCAGUAAACUACAAUGUAUUGUGGAACAGUAUAAAUUUGGAUAACUUCACACACACACACACACACAGUUGUUUUGUUUUCACUGGAAAAGUUUAAUCAGGUGCAAAUCAAUUUAUGUCAGUUAAAAUUUGAUGUCUUGUAAUCUAUUCAUAUGAUGUGGAUUUAUCUUUCUGUUGAUAAAAUUAUUUCUUCAUGCAGUAGUGUAAGAGUUAGAUCAGAAUGAAAUGAAAGAUACUUGUAGUACGAUAAAAGUUUUAUCUAAGAACCACAUUUGGGUAAUGUAGUAUAUAAUUAACACUGUCUGUGCAUGUUUAUUAGUUUUAGAAUGCUUGAAGAUAUUCUACUUCUAUGUGUAUCACCAGGAGAGGCACCAUAAUAAGAUUAGAUCAAGAUUAAUACGAUUAUAUUAUGUGGAGUUUUAUAUUACAUGUUUUAUUUUGCUUGUGUUGAUGCUUACGUUAUAACUAACGUUUGUAAAGUACGAGUUUAAGUCAUCAUAAAUCUUCUAUACAAAUUACAACGUUGAUAAUCACAGUGUACGUGUAUAAUUGUAUCAAGAUAUCUAAACGCAUUGAGUUUAGAUUUUUAGUGACAGCUGGGAACCAUUCAACACUUUUUGAUUGAUAUGUUUUAAUUUGAAUUAACAUCUUAAACUGCCACUACUCUUGCUUUACAAUGUAAAAUAAUGCAUAUAUGUAUAUUAAAUUUUUUAUUCAGAUUCCUUUAAAGAUAAAUGAUUAAAAGCAGACGCAUUCAGAUUAUGGAUACAGAGAGACAAAAUAAGUAUAGAUACUACAACUAUGGGAAGAAGAGAGCUCACAUCCCAUGUACAAGUAAAUAAAAAAAAAAAACAUUGAAAGAACAGGGACAUUGAAAAUGAAUGGAAAUAUGAGAUUUUUUGUAAUGUGCUCACCUAGUAAUGCACCAGUUGCAGCACUAGCGAAAUUUAGUAAAAACAUUGAAACAAA